AGAGCCGUAGCCGCCUAGCUGGGGGAGAGGCCCGUCCGGGGCUGGCCCUGAGCGCCGAGCGGCCGUCAGAUCCCGGGGACGCCGGGGGCCCGGGCUUAGCGCCGCGGCCCGCGAGGAAGAGCACCGUAAAUUUGCUGCCAAGACAAGAGGUGUAUUUCUCCGGCAAUGAAUUCCUCAUUUCACCUGCAUUUCAUGGAUCUCAACCUGAAUGCCACAGAGGGCAACCUUUCAGGACCCAAUGUCAAAAACAAGUCUUCACCAUGUGAAGACAUGGGCAUCGCUGUGGAGGUGUUUCUCACUCUGGGUGUCAUCAGCCUCUUGGAGAACAUCUUGGUCAUAGGGGCCAUAGUGAAGAACAAAAACCUGCACUCCCCCAUGUACUUCUUUGUGUGCAGCCUGGCAGUGGCCGACAUGCUGGUGAGCAUGUCCAGUGCCUGGGAGACCAUCACCAUCUACCUACUCAACAACAAGCACCUAGUGAUAGCAGACGCCUUUGUGCGCCACAUUGACAAUGUGUUUGACUCCAUGAUCUGCAUUUCCGUGGUGGCAUCCAUGUGCAGCUUGCUGGCCAUUGCAGUGGAUAGGUACGUCACCAUCUUCUACGCCCUGCGCUACCACCACAUCAUGACGGCGAGGCGCUCAGGGGCCAUCAUCGCCGGCAUCUGGGCUUUCUGCACGGGCUGCGGCAUUGUCUUCAUCCUGUACUCAGAAUCCACCUACGUCAUCCUGUGCCUCAUCUCCAUGUUCUUCGCUAUGCUGUUCCUCCUGGUGUCUCUGUACAUACACAUGUUCCUCCUGGCGCGGACUCACGUCAAGCGGAUCGCGGCUCUGCCCGGGGCCAGCUCUGCGCGGCAGAGGACCAGCAUGCAGGGCGCGGUCACCGUCACCAUGCUGCUGGGCGUGUUUACCGUGUGCUGGGCCCCGUUCUUCCUUCAUCUCACUUUAAUGCUUUCUUGCCCUCAGAACCUCUACUGCUCUUGCUUCAUGUCUCACUUCAAUAUGUACCUCAUACUCAUCAUGUGUAAUUCCGUGAUGGACCCUCUCAUAUAUGCCUUCCGCAGCCAAGAGAUGCGGAAGACCUUUAAGGAGAUUAUUUGCUGCCGUGGUUUCAGAAUCGCCUGCAGCUUUCCCAGAAGGGAUUAAGCACAAAGUGCUCCUCUCUGUGGCUCUGUUCUCCUUUGUUUGCUCACCUAUGACAAAGCGACAGCCAAGGGGAGGCGGGAGUGCUAGCAUCCCCUUUUUCUCUUUACCAGCUCAGACAUGGGCCUAAGAGGCUCUCUCUGUUCAGUUCCUGGUGAUUAUGUCCAACAUGCAAGGGUUGCUUAUCCACUCUGGGAACAGUCAUGACAAUUUCUUACUGUCCUUUUGUGUCCUAUGGUUUCUACUGCUCCCACCCAUUUCUGGGGGCCCCAUCCACCCUCCACCUAGCAGGCAUGUGCUCGGGGAAUGCACAGCACCCUCAGUGCAAGCCAGGCAUGAUGAAACACGUAUUGUGACGGGAAGAAAACCGUGAUAUCGACGCCAGGUGGGAUUGCUUCUUCUCCCCAGAAGCAGGUCCACACUCUGCUGGCUGCACUCUGAGCUAUGCAUGCUUUUCAGGGAAGAAAAGAGUGGCCAGAUUCUUUCCAUCAGAAGCAAUCUGUUCAUUUGUUCUGAAAUGUCUUCUUUGCUCCCCUUGCCUGAACUUUUGAUUCAUGGCUUUUGUUCAUAAUUGUCCGAAUAAUUGUACUUCUGUCAAUCAUGGUGUUGCGCUUACCCAGACAUAAAACCUUAUGCUACAAACCCUGCCUCAUGUGCUGUGGAAGACUCUGUGACUCUUUCUUACCGUCUUAUUUGGGCUCAAUCUGGGGUUUCCAAAUGGGUGUUUGGGGGCAUUCCAGGGGCUCAAGGAGUUCAAGGUGCCCAGUGCUGCAUGUAGCACACGUCCACAGCCAGGCUUGCUUUGAGUGGCUCACACCGGAUCUGUGUUGGAGUCUGAACUCUGGCCUGUGUACUUGGAGGCAUGUCAAUCUCAUUUCAGCAGCCAACAAAGGUCAGGGCCCAAUCUAUAGCCCAGGGAGCCCCAUCUUCUCCCAACCUAGACUGGAGCAGAGAAACCUGAGUUCAGGUGCUAAUUCUGCCUUUCACUGCUGUGUGGCGUGAAUCAUCUCAUUUCAGGUUCCACAUCUGUGCUGACUGUACACGAUGGCCAUGAGAACUGCAAAAUUGUGAGAGCUUCUUGUAAAUUUGUAAAGCACUGUAGGGUUUGCUUUUUAUUUUAAAGAAAUGCUCGGGUUAGAGGCAUGAGCCAGAGGUUGCAGUGAGCCAAGAUUGCACCAUUGCACUCCAGCCUGGGCAACCAUUCAAGACUCUGUCUCAAAAAGAAAAAGAAAAAGAAAAAGAAAUGACUAGAUAGGGUAAAUACUAAGGAAGGACACAGGGGCCAAUGGUCAGAGCAGUGGCCUGGACACCAGGAGGUUUGUGUGGUCCUUCUCUGAAGCAAAGGGCUGGAGUCCUUGCAGCUCUCACAGUCCA